UCAUUUGCAAAAAUAUUAUUCAGUUCUCCAUCACAAUGCUAACUUUGUGCUUCGCGUUUCUUAUCACGUCGUCGUCGUCGUUGACUUUAACUUCCGCAAUUAAAAUUUCCACUAGUUUAGGUGACAUAAGCGGUUCAAUAUUAACAUCGCGCUUAGGUGAAGAUUUUUAUGCUUUCCGUGGAAUUCGCUAUGCUCAAUCACCAGAAGGUGAAUUACGUUUUCAAAAUCCCAAGCCAGUCAAACCAUGGGCACCUGAAAUAUUUGAUGCCACUAAUGAUGGUCCGCGAUGCCCGCAGCCAAUUCAAAGCCAAUUAAAUUUAACUGAAGAAUCUGAAGAUUGUUUACGCCUCAAUGUCUAUACAAAGAAUUUAAAUGUAAUUGAAUACAAGCCGGUUAUCAUUUACAUCCAUGGCGGCAGAUUUAUUGAGUUCUCUGGUGAAAGUCAGAAGUUUUCCGGACCACAGAUAUUAAUGGAUCGUGAUAUUGUUUUGGUAACAUUCAAUUAUCGUUUGGGUUCGUUGGGAUUUCUUGCCACUGGAACUGCUGAUGCCCCAGGAAAUGCAGGACUUAAAGAUCAAGUUGCUGCCUUUAAGUGGGUUAAAGAUCACAUACAUAAUUUUGGUGGUGAUUCGAGUUCGAUUACAUUACUUGGAUAUGAUGCAGGGAGUAUUAGUAUUGGAUUACAUUUGGUAUCUCCCAUGACAAAGGGUUUAUUUCAUCGAGCUAUUGCUAUGAGUGGAUCAGCUGUGUCGUAUUGGAAUUAUUCUUUUGAUCAAAUGGAUUCAGCCAAGAAACUUGCAACUGCAUUGAAAUGUCCUACAAAUGAAUUGGAAUUUAUGAUGAAAUGUCUCAAAGAGAGCCCAACAAUCAAAAAUAGUAUUGAAGAAUUUGGACAACCGGUUAUCGAGAGGGACUUUGGCCAGGAGCGAUUUAUCGUAGAGGAUCCUGUGAUUUCAUUUCUAUCUGGCAAAUUUCAUACAAUUCCACUUAUAGUCGGAAUGACUAAGGAUGAAGUGGAAGACAUUGUUAAAUGUAAGUUCUUUAUCAAUAAACUACAACAUAAAAAUUCUAUAUUCUUAACAGUUAAACUACAAAACUUUACUGAUGCCCAGUUGUCGAAUGAAAGAUUUUGGAAAGAACCAGCUUUAAGCCUGUUCCGAUAUGCAAGUACAUCAACAAAAUCAAAAGAAAUAAGUGCGAUCUUGAAGAAAGAAUAUUUUGAACAACAUAAUAGUACUCUUGAACCGAUCAAGCCUCUAGCAAAGAUGAUGAGUGAUCGAGUUAUAGGCUUCCCAGUUCAUAGAUUUGCACAUCUUGCUGCGAGAUUUGUUCCAGUUUAUUAUUAUAUGUUUUCGUAUCAAGGGCGCUAUAGCUACCUCAAUUAUUCAAAAGGAGCUUUUCAUUAUGAUGAUCUUCAAUAUUUAUUUUAUAAUCCAAAUAUGGCACCAAUGUUUACGACGACUGAUCCUGAGAACAAGAUCAUUGAUCGACUUACUGGAAUGUGGACAAAAUUUGCAGCAACAGGAGAUCCAAACAUCAAAAAUUUAAACUGGAAACCAUUAAAUUUGGACAAGGAAAACUAUUUGGAUAUUGGAGAUGAACUUAUUUUGAGAGAGAAGCUUUUAUUAGAUCGCUUUGAUUUGUGGGACAGAUUGUUUCCUGUGGAUUAAAAAGAAAAAGAAUUUCUUUUAUUGGCCAUAAGACAGAGU